UAUACUGCUUCCAGGUCAUGUGGCCAGCAUGACAAAGCCACUUCUGGCAAACCAGAGCAGCACAUGGAAAUGCCGUUUACCUUGCACUUAUGAUGUGUUUUCGAACUGCUAGGUUGGCAGGAGCUGGGACCGAGCAACAGGAGCUCACCCCGGCACGGGAAUUCGAACUGCCGACCUUCUGAUCAGCAAGCCCUAGGCUCUGUGGUUUAACCCACAGUGGCACAUAUAUUUCCCCUUUAUUAUAUUCAGUUCCUGCUGCAUUUUGAAAAUGGACAAAAACUGUGAAGGUGCUUUCUGAGUUCUGCUGUUCACCAUCUUGAAAAACAGUGAUUAGGUUUCGAAAGGCAAAAAGCUUCUGCCUCGCAGAAACUAGAAUUUUGUACAUCAAGCCAGCAUUAAACAUAAUUCGCUGGUAUAGCCUGAAAAACAGCCUUGGUGAAGGACAUACCGUACAUCUUCUUACUGGCAUAAGCACUGAGUUUUCCUGUGAAGUGUAAAGAUGAUUGUUAUCUUAGAAAAGCAUGGCCACAGCAUGAGGCCAGAGAGCCUAGUAUUUCUUUGCCUUGGAUUAUGCACAUGUGACUUGGUGAAAUCCACAAUCAAAAGGUGUGUGUGUGUGUGUCCGUUCCUCGGUCCUAACUUUGAUUACAUUGCUGAGUGUUGAGAUCUGGGCAGUUAAGAAAUAGAUUUAAUUUGGUUGCUAGCCUUUCAAUUUUGAGGCCACAGAAUGCUGUUGCUUGCUUGUGUACCUACCCACCUUUGCUUAUCAGUUCCCUGCUCCCAUGGCUUUUCUAUAUAUUAUUUGAGUUUUAUACUCAGAACUCUUUAUUCUCUUUACUAAUUCCUUUCAGCAAACUUACACUUCCUUAUUUUGGUCUGUUCAUAUUAUACAAGGUUGCUAAUAUGCCUUUCUCUUUUCCUAUACACGUUUCUUUGUAUGUUAAUUUGUAGAUGCAGCUGGGGCUUUUUGUUUUCUUAACUGUUUUAGCAGUGAGUACAGAAAAAGGUCAGCAUAAACGUAAGCAUUUACUGGAGAACCUGUGUGAAAACCUGUUCUUUGAAAUGUUUCAUCUAGAACUAUAUCCUUUCCCCGAGCAUAACAACAACUUUUAAGGCCUAUGGUAGCAAAACUGAAAUAUUGCCUGUUUUGGAAAAUAAUGAAACCUACAUGUGUGUAUUUUUCUUUCAUAGAAGUGGUUAAGAACUGGCCCCAAAUCAGGCUGUCCAUUUUUGGCUACAGUGUCCUGUGCAUACUUACCUGUACCAUUGAUUAAAAAAACAGUGGUUACUUAUGAGUACCAGUAGUUACGUUCAGGGUUGCACUGUAAAUAAUUUAUAUUUUAAAACAAUCUUUUAAAAUUGCUUCCUAUUUUUAGAGACCUAGUUUAAAUGAGGGCUGUACAUGAAAUGUUUCUAAAUUCAGACUGCACUCCCAUUGUUCCUCCCUGCUCUGAAAGCAGCUCUGGUAUUUUUCCACACACUGAAACUCAACUCUUCACAAGGCCUGCAUCUUAAAAAGAGCCGAAUGUGAUAGGGUUAAUGGACAGGAAGCUGCAGCUGCAGCAGACUAAUAGGCAAGCGAGAUUUUUGUUUAACUGACAACUUUAGAAGGCCUUAGGGAUGAGGGAAGGGCAGUUUGUGAAAACAGCAUGCUGAAAAACGUAGCUAUUUUCUGCAUCCUUUAUAUUUAAUUAGGAAAGGGACAUUGUAAGUGAUUAGGAAAUCAGGAUCGUGGUUAAUAAUCCAACUUUUGUUAGGCAUUGCAACGUAUGUUGGGUAAAAAUCCGGAAUGUGGGUUCUUACAGCUCACGGCAAUUGUGUGUGUGUGUGUGUGUGUGUGUGUGUGUGUGUGUGUCUGUGUCUGUGUCUGUCUGAGAGGGAGAAUCGUACAGUAUUUGCUUCUUGAGCUGUGUAGAUGUUAUAUAACAGCUGAACUACAGCACUAACCUUGCUCCUUUAUUAUAUGUUUGUGUACCUGACUGUAUCUGUGUCUGUGUGUUAUGCUUCAAAACAUUUUCCUUCCUUUAUUUAGUGUGCUUUUCACAGUGUUAUUCAGAAUCGCUGUUUCUCUGUAGCAAAAACAGCUUUUGUGACCUGGGGAAACCUCCAUGUUUAGAAAACCUCAAGCAGAAGCAACAGAUGUGGUUUUAGAAAUUCUUUAUUUAGACUAGCACUUAGUAUUCACUUUAUUCUUCUUGAAAAUCUGCUUUCUGCAGGGAGUUUGUAUGUAUGUGGCUCUUUUUUUAAGUUUCUUUUGCUAAAACAGGCCUAGUUUAGCCUGUCUUCUCUGUGCACAGGAUGGCUCCUGCUUGCCAGAGCUGCACAAAGAUAAUAGCUCAGGAAGUGUUUCAGCCAAUCCCCUGAAGCUUUACAUUCAGAUUUUCCAAAGUAGCCAAUCCAGGAUUAGCUUUUAUUAGGAAGACAGAUCAUCAAGCUGAAGUGCCAAGCCCUUUCUGUCUGAGUACUGAGAGCCUGUCCUCCAUGUUUUAUAAGUAUUGACAUAACACUGUGUUAACAAUGCAUCCACAGAGGUAAGCUUUACUUUUUUACAUUUUUUUCCUCUAAAACCUAUGAGUUGUGGUUUAACAGUGUGAUUCUCUGUGAUUUGUCGCGCAAAACUCACCCCACAGCACUUUAUUAAGUUGAAAAUGUUUAAAUUUGCUUUCUUGGGUCACAUGGUUUAGUAGCCAUUAGCCAUAGCUUUAUUUUACAGACUGGCAAAACGUUUGCAUACAUACUUCUUCACAAGGGGAUGGUGGUUUUUAGAGUUUGUCAAGAUCCUGUUCUUCCAAAGCAGCUUUCUGUGUCUGAGCAGUUUGCCUGCACUAUUGUCUGUUGUGUCACAUGCCUGCUGAAGAGAAAAUGGAAGCUAGGGAGCAGAUGCAUUUAACUGCCCUACAGGGAGACAAGCAGGGAUAAUGGCAGACAGCAGAACAGGCAAGUUUACCUUUUCAAACAGUGAAAAGAAGAGCUAAGCCAAAUUAUCCCUGAUAAAAUAUGGGAUUUUUAGCAGCCUAAGCUGCAGUAAAUAGUGCUAAUGGAAGAUUGUAGAUACUGGGCCUAACUGGUGGAUUGCUAUUGCAUCAUGUUUUUUGUGCAGUUUUGCCUUAACUUAAAAUGGAUAUUUAACUCUCUCUUUUUUAACAGGAUCCUUAGAUGCAGUGUGUGCAUUUUUCUGGAUGAGAAUAUGUAGCUUACAAGCUGUCUCUUUAAAAAUGACUUUCUUAUUGUAGGUUUCAGAAAUAGUUAAGGUCUAGGUCUGAAUCCACCAGGCAUAGCUAUGCAUCUCUUCCAGUGUCUUACCUAUUUAAAGACAAUUCAAUUUUUAACUAUUAUCUACCUUUUAUUUAGUACAGAUAAAAUGAUUUGACUUUUUAACUGUGCUUUUCUCUUCUGUAAAAAAAUCAGGCACAGUUCUCAGAGGUGGAGUGAUAAAAAAUCAUGUGUGGUUCAUGAGAGCAGUACAUGUUCAUUUUUUUCCUCCUUUUCGGGCUUUUCUGGUUUUUGGCAUGAUGCUACGUAAUUAUUUCAAAAAAUUCAUUUUGGUCAAAUCCCAAAUCUGCCAGCUUCUUGUAUCCUAUUUACUGGGAAAAAUGAGAUGGUUGCUUGAACAUUUGCUUGGCUGAAGAAGAAAUAAAGGCAGAGCAGGAGGUGGUGGAAGGGAUGGAUAUCUCCACUCGAUCCAAAGAUCCUGGCUCUGCUGAACGUACAGCACAAAAAAGGAAGUUUCCAAGUCCUCCACACUCUUCCAAUGGCCACUCCCCGGAGGACGCAUCAUCAAGCCCCAUUAAAAAGAAAAAGAAACCUGGCUUAUUGAACAGUAAUAAUAAAGAGCAGUCAGAACUAAGACAUGGUCCGUUUUACUAUAUGAAGCAGCCACUCACCACAGACCCUGUUGAUGUUGUACCGCAGGAUGGACGGAAUGAUUUCUAUUGCUGGGUUUGUCAUCGGGAAGGCCAAGUCCUCUGCUGUGAACUCUGCCCUCGGGUUUAUCAUGCUAAGUGUCUGAAACUGACAGCGGAGCCAGAGGGGGAUUGGUUUUGCCCAGAAUGUGAGGUUAGUCUAUCUGAGAAAAUUACUGUAGCGGAAUGCAUAGAAACACAGAGUAAAGCUAUGACAAUGCUCACUAUUGAACAGCUAUCCUACUUGCUCAAGUUUGCACUACAGAAAAUGAAACAGCCAGGGACAGAGCCAUUUCAAAAGCCAGUUUCACUUGAUCAGCAUCCAGAUUAUGCAGAAUACAUAUUUCAUCCAAUGGACCUUUGUACAUUAGAAAAGAAUGUUAAAAAGAAGAUGUAUGGAUGCACAGAAGCUUUUUUGGCUGAUGCCAAAUGGAUUUUGCACAAUUGCAUUAUUUACAAUGGGGGAAAUCACAAAUUAACACAAACAGCAAAAGUCAUAAUCAAAAUCUGUGAGCAUGAGAUGAAUGAAAUCGAAGUAUGUCCAGAAUGUUAUUUAGCUGCUUGCCAAAAACGAGAAAAUUGGUUUUGUGAGCCUUGUAGCAAUCCACACCCGUUGGUCUGGGCUAAGCUCAAAGGUUUCCCAUUCUGGCCUGCUAAAGCACUGAGGGAUAAAGAUGGUCAAGUUGAUGCUCGUUUCUUUGGUCAGCAUGACAGGGCCUGGGUUCCAGUAAAUAAUUGCUACCUCAUGUCUAAAGAAAUUCCUUUUUCCGUGAAAAAGACUAAAAGCAUAUUCAACAGUGCAAUGCAAGAGAUGGAGGUUUAUGUGGAGAACAUCCGCAGAAAGUUUGGAGUAUUUAAUUAUGCACCUUUCCGGACACCAUAUACUCCCAACAACCAAUACCAAAUGUUGUUAGACCCUUCAAAUCCUGGUGCUGGAACUGCUAAGACUGACAAACAAGAGAAAAUUAAACUUAACUUUGAUAUGACAGCAUCACCCAAGAUUUUAAUGAGCAAACCAAUGCUGAGUACCAGUACUGGGCGAAGGAUUUCCUUAACAGACAUGCCACGUUCCCCAAUGAGUACAAAUUCAUCUGUUCAUACGGGAUCCGAUGUUGAACAGGAUGCAGAGAAAAAGGCAACCUCCAGUCACUUUAGCGCAAGUGAAGAGUCCAUGGACUUUAUUGAUAAGAAUACAGCUUCUCCAGCACCAACAAGGACAGGCCAAGCAGGGAGCUUAUCUGGCAGCCCCAAACCUUUCUCUCCUCAAGUCUCAACACCUGCUAAACAAGAAAGAACAUCCACUCCAGGAAGCAUUCUGAAUCUUAAUCUUGAUCGUAGUAAAGCUGAGAUGGAUCUGAAAGAGUUGAGUGAAUCAGUCCAGCAGCAAACCACACCUGCACCACUGAUUUCCCCAAAGCGGCAAAUUCGCAGCAGGUUCCAGCUUAAUCUUGACAAGACAAUAGAGAGCUGUAAAGCACAGUUAGGCAUCAAUGAAAUAUCUGAAGAUGUUGCAGUAGAGCAUAGUGACUCAGAGGACUCUGAAAAGUCAGAUUCUAGUGAUAGUGAAUAUAUCAGUGAUGAUGAACAGAAAUCCAAGAACGAUCAGGAAGAAGAAGAAAAAGAAGGUGCAAGAAGUGACAAAGAAUCCUUGGCCAUGAAAAAAAAACCAAAACCACCAACACCAACUGAGGAAAAAGAAGAAAUUAAAAGUACAGUCACAGAAGUGGAAAAAACAGAUACCCCUGUCAAAGAAAAGGCAAAUGUAGACUCUGAUAAAGAAGUUUCUGAAAAGGGGAAAAGUUUGCCACAUCCUACAAAAGAGAAGUUGAAAGGUAAAGAUGAGACUGAUUCGCCAACAGUACAUCUUGGUCUGGACUCUGACUCAGAAAGUGAACUUGUUAUUGACCUAGGUGAAGACCAGUGCGGGCGUGAGGGACGCAAAAAUAAAAAAGAACCCAAGGAAUCUCCUCCUAAGCAAGAAGCUGCAGCUAAAACCCCACCUGCUUCAACAGUAAGUAGUCAGCCUCCAUCUGAAACUCAGGUGCUCACUCGAUCCGCAUCCCAGACUCCUCCAGCCGGUGUCACAGCUACAACAAGCACUUCUUCUGCUGCCAGCGCUCCAGCUGCAGCCACCGGGAGCCCAGUGAAGAAGCAGAGGCCGCUUCUACCAAAGGAAACUGCCCCAGCUGUCCAACGGGUAGUAUGGAAUUCUUCAAACAAAUUUCAGACUUCUUCUCAGAAAUGGCAUAUGCAGAAGGUGCAAAGGCAACAGCAGCAGCAACAGAGUCAGCAGCAGCAACCUCAGUCCUCGCAAGGAACAAGAUACCAGACAAGACAAGCCGUGAAAGCUGUACAGCAGAAAGAAAUUACUCAGAGUACUUCAACGUCAACCAUUACCUUGGUUACAAGCACUCAACCUGUUUCCAUAGUAACCAGUUCUGGAUCAGCAAGUACACUUUCAUCUUCAGUUAAUACAGACUUGCCAAUAGCAACAGCUUCAGCAGAUGUGGCUGCAGAUAUUGCUAAGUAUACUAGUAAAAUGAUGGAUGCCAUAAAAGGAACAAUGACAGAAAUAUACAACGACCUUUCAAAAAAUACCACUGGAAGCACAAUUGCUGAGAUUCGUCGUUUGAGAAUUGAAAUAGAAAAGCUUCAGUGGUUACAUCAGCAGGAACUUUCAGAAAUGAAACACAAUCUGGAACUCACAAUGGCUGAAAUGCGUCAGAGUUUGGAACAGGAAAGAGAUCGUUUGAUUGCCGAAGUGAAAAAGCAGCUGGAACUGGAAAAGCAGCAAGCUGUGGAUGAAACCAAAAAGAAGCAGUGGUGUGCCAACUGCAAAAAAGAAGCGAUUUUCUACUGUUGUUGGAAUACCAGUUACUGUGACUACCCUUGCCAGCAAGCCCAUUGGCCGGAACACAUGAAGUCCUGCACACAGUCCGCAACUGCAACACAGCAAGAAACGGAUACUGAAAUUAGCACAGAAACAUUAAAUAAAUCAUCCCAGCCUACCUCCAGUGUACAGCCGGCACCAACAGAAACUGCCAGUACUCCAAAAGAAAAAGAGGCAGCUGUUGAAAAGAGCAAGGAGAGUGUUACAAUAGCAACAGGUGUGACAAGCAGCCAGCCUAUAAAACUGGUCCAGGUCCCGCAGACCACCACCUAUAUACCAACUACUCAACCCACAAUUACCAUACCUGUAGUAGUAAGCCCUACAGCUGGGACCGUGGCAAUGCGAACAGGAGUUCAAUACGUUCAGACAACAAUGCCUGUCCAAGUACGGAGAGUCUAACUGCUAACAAAGGAAUCCAGGCAGCUGUUGGAGUAUAUAAUCGUCUCUGUAAUAGAAAUGUUUUUUUAAAGAAUCCCUGCAGUUCAUUGGAUUAACCUCAAAGGUUCAGACUUUUAGCUUUGUACAGGUGUACAAAGCAUUUAUUACACUACAUUAAUGUAAAGCAUUAGCGCUGGCUUUAAAAAGCUUGAGAACUAGUAAAAUUCAUGGUAAAUCUAUGCUUCUGUUGUAAAUUAUGUACAUUUUGUGGAUGAUGUUAGAGUACCAUCUCCUUUUUAUAUUUGUAUUGACUUCGACGUAUAAGGAGUGUUGGAAGCUGGUGAAGGAAAGGUUAAAUCGCACUUGCCACAAACACCACCAAGAGAAAUGGUUUUCUGGGAACUGCAGUUGCACACACAAAUCAUUCUUCCUCUUUAGGACUUAAGAAUGAGAAGACUGAACCACUUGCCUUGCCUUUGGAGACGAAAAAAAAUGCCUGCACAUCGGUUUGUGCAACUGAAGCUGGAACUUGCCAUUUUAAAUUUGUUAAAUCAAGCAUUUCCAAUCUUAAGACUCCUCGUACAUUAAAGGACAUAUUUUGUGUUUCAUAUUUAAAAUGAGAGAGAUUGUUUACAAAAAGGGGGGUUAAAUUUCAUUCAUGCUAAGAGAAAAGGAAAGUCGGAAGCUAAAUAUCAGAUCAAUAGUUCCAGAGAUAAUGAAAAUGGAUUUUGGGGGGUAUGCUUUCUACUAGGUUAUGUUUCAGUUGUAUUGCUGCUGCUUCUUUUUUUAAGUGUCCAAAGGACUUUGAAAUUGCUUUCAAAGGGAACAAGAGCUAUAGAUGGAGAAGACUCUUUACCAGGAAACGAGGGCAAAGGACAUUAAUGCUGGAAUAGAGCAUGUAUUAUGGGAUUUUUAUGUUUUUAUGUAAGCAUGAAACAGUACAGUAUGAGAGAGAAAGUAACCCAUGAAAACACUGUCUGUUACACUUAAACUGUAGUUCCAUUUUGUAUGUUGUGUAAACAAAAGCAUUGAACAAAGCA